AUGCUACGUUUGCUCGAGACAAAGGAAGUGGAAUGCGUAAAUUUAAAAAAUGGAGGCUUGAAGAAACUCGAGGCUUUGAUACUGAAGAUGCUUCCAGGCCUUACAAAAAAUGUGAAGUCAAGGCAUUGCUGGUUCAAGGGCAAGUAUUCUGCCAUAUGCGAUAUAAAAAAUGGGGCCUUUAGUGGAUUCAGGUGGGAUGAGGUCAAGCAAACUGUGGUGGAAGAUGAUGAUGUAUAUUCAACAUGGAUUAAGAAUAACCCUGCCUUCUCUGGCCUCAAGAAGCCAUUCCUGUAA